AGGCCUGAACACAACCUGAAGACACACAAUCAAAAGCAUGGGAACAAAGCUCUGACUCUGUCCACCGCGCACUGAUAAAGGAGAGGUCCGGUGCGAGCAUCCGACCCAGCGCAGAGUCACACAGCCGACAGAACCGCAGCCAGUCUCGCAUCUACCAACCUUUGACUCCAAAUUUAAUUCGGACCUUUUUAUUUUUUAAUGCUACAAACCAAAGGAUAGGUGUUUGGGGAGCUGACUGGAGAAGUGAAACAGCCGACACUUGUUGUCAAGUAAACCCCCUGUCCACAGCCAGAAUUGCUCAGUGGAGAGUUUGGUGCGCACAUGGCACCGAAAGAGCGCUCCUCACACUCCUGACAACCGCGCAACAUGGAGCCAUAUACUGGAUAACGAGGCCUACCUACUGAAUGGGUGCUUAACCUACUUCACAUCAAACCUUAUUGAAGCUGGGCAGUUUCUUCUGAAAUCCAGUUUUUUUUGUGUGUGUGGGAACUUUUGGUGGUAAAAAAACAAAAAAAAAAAAAAAAAACCAGCACAGAGCCAUGUUGGGUUUAAACAGAAUUCUGAGCCUCCGGGCUGCGCGGAUUCGGAGCUGUGGAUCGCCGGGAGUCAGACUCUCAUCACGGUCUUCUUCAUGCCAAAACUCCGGUGCCAGUUCAAGGAUUUACUGUGCGUGUCUGUUGCUGCUGCUGCUGGUAACGCCUCGGGUGGACUCUUCAUGGUGGUACAUUGGUGCGCUUGGGGCCCGUGUGAUCUGUGACAACAUCCCAGGCUUGGUGAAUAAGCAGCGGCAACUCUGCCAGCGGCACCCAGACAUAAUGCAGGCCAUUGGUGAGGGAACCAAGGAGUGGAUCAGAGAAUGCCAGCACCAGUUCAGACACCAUCGCUGGAACUGCAGCACACUGGACCGCGACCACACUGUGUUUGGACGUGUCCUGCUACGGAGCAGUCGUGAAGCAGCAUUCGUCUAUGCUAUCUCCUCAGCGGGAGUCGUGUAUGCGCUAACUCGUGCCUGCAGCCAGGGGGAACUGAAGACAUGUAACUGCGACCCACACAAGCGUGGACGGGCUAGUGAUGAGAGAGGAGAGUUUGACUGGGGUGGCUGUAGUGAUAAUAUAAACUACGGGAUUAAAUUUGCCAAAGCCUUCAUAGAUGCCAAAGAGAGGACUGUUCGAGAUGCACGGGCACUCAUGAACCUUCACAACAACCGCUGUGGCAGAAUAGCAGUAAAGCGAUUCAUGAAGCUGGAGUGUAAAUGUCACGGAGUGAGCGGCUCUUGCACGCUACGGACAUGUUGGAUGGCCAUGUCAGACUUUAGGAAGACUGGUGACUACCUGAGGAGGAAAUACAACGGGGCCAUCGAGGUGACAAUGAAUCAAGAUGGGACGGGCUUCGCUGUAGCCAACAAAGCCUUCAGGAAGGCUACCAAGAACGACCUGGUCUACUUUGAGAACUCUCCAGAUUACUGCCUGCAAGACAAAGCAGCAGGUUCCUUGGGCACAGCUGGGCGGGUCUGCAAUAAGACAUCACGCGGCACAGAUGGCUGCGAGGUCAUGUGCUGUGGACGGGGCUACGACACCACGCGAGUCAAGCAAAUCACCAAGUGCGAGUGCAAAUUCAAAUGGUGCUGCGCUGUGGAGUGUAAGGACUGUGAGGAGGCCGUGGACAUACACACAUGCAAGGCCCCCAAACGAGCCGAAUGGUUGGACCAGACCUGAGGACACGCCCCCUCCGCCCCCUGUUAUGCAACCCCACCCCUUUCCCCUUUGCAGGACAUCCUGUGGAACAUGGCAUUCUGGGAAAGUUUGCCCGAAAGUGCUCUGCAUCUCCGCCCUCCCCUGCCCCCACCUCAGUUCAUCAUUGCAUGGCUUUUCUACCUGUCUCUGUGAAAGCACUAGAAUUCAGUACCCAUCAAUAUGAAUUAAUACCCAUUACCCCUGUUUGUGAAUGGCCUUGUGACUGAGCUGCUGGGAUCAGAUGAUGAACAGUGAAACCAGUGAACACUUUGGGGUUCGGGUGGAUUGGGCUUUUAUCAAAGAUUCAGUCCAGAUGGCCUUUUUUCUAGUGUGUGGUUCUGAGUUAAAAAUGGUUUGCUGCUUUCAUGAUGCUUUAAAGACACAUUUUUACAUUAACUGAGCCUUCAAACAUAUCCAGUAUUAUUACAACAACUUCAUAUACUCACGUAACUUUCUUUUCUUUUUUUCUGGGGAAAUACACUUUUAUCUACCAAAAAGAAAACUUGGCUGGACUUUGGGAAGUAGCUUGACAAGUGCACUUU